AUGUCACAGCGCUCAGACCCCAACCCUUACUACUCUCCACCUUCGCCGGUAUACAACCGACAGCCCGCCCCUUAUGCCUCGCAGGGACCAGCAGUCGUCCAAACCGCCCGGACACGUCGCUCCUCGUCCACUGCCGGCACACGCCCCCCGCGGCCCCAGAGUUUCGCUGGCGAGCCAAGUAGCUUCUGGGCGCCGGGCAUGCCCGCACCCUAUCCCAGCCCGCCUCAGGAGCGUGGCCCUCCUCCCUCUUUCUCUGCCUACCAAAGCAUGCAGAACAUGCCCAAUAUGCAGCACCUGCAGUAUCCUCACCAUAUUCCUCCCUACAUGGGUGCGCAGCAGGGCGGCUACUACCCCCAGCAAGCUCAACAGUUCGACUCAUCAACAACGGCCCCCGCUGUCCGCACGCGGCUCGUCAAGCUAUGGUCACACAGUCAGCCUCCUCCCAUCAUCACUCAGGAUGACACUUCCAAGUACUCCGCGAGAUAUGGACAGCCUCCGACCCCCAAUGAGCAACACUACAACAGGGGUGCCAACCCAACCCUCCCUAAGCCUAAACUCUUGCAGUACGGCGAACCUGACGCUGACGAAGACUCCUCCUCUGAUUCAGAGUACACUGAAGACGAGGAGCAUGAGCGUGAGGUCCGCCAACAACAGCAAGUCCGAGCUGCUCGCGCUCUCAUGCCUCCGCCGAAAAUGAAGCGUGAUCAGAGCCAGCGACGUCCUGCACUCACUCACGCAAAGACAACGCAGGUUGUCGAGCGUCUUGAGAACGACCGCCGCGACAAGCGUCGACAAUCUAUCGUUGUUCCCGACCGUGCUGUUCCACGAGAGCGACAACGUGAGCGAGCACCCACUGUAAGUGCUGCUCCAUCGCGACGCCCAUCAGUCAGCCGUCCUCCGGUCCAUCGUUCGACACAAUCCGAGUACGAUACUCGUCAAGCCCGGAUAGUUGUCAACGAUAGCAGGAAUAACCGUCGCAAGUCAUAUCAGGUCUACGACAAGACAUACGACGACUUUGUCAGAGACCGAGUCGCGGAGGAACAGUACAAGGCUGAGAGGCAACGCGAGAAGCGCGCGUCGAGAGUCCUCAUGCAGGAACAAUACAUUCCUGGUCAAUAUGAGGAAGACGAGAGCGAGGAGGAGGCUCCACGUGUUCUGCCACACCGCCAACGCGCCAAGACUGAAUCGGAUCCGCGCAAAGGAAAGGCGCGUACUGUUGAAGUCAAGAACAAGAAAGCUGAGCUCAGCGCGGAAGAGUACAUCAACGCCACUCGUGGCAGCCGCGAUCCAUAUGCCGAUCAGAUCAGCAAGGUAGCUCUAAAGAGGGCCUCCCGUAAGCCUUCACUGCCUUCUGAUUCUGGCUCUUUCUCAAAGCAACGGAAGCGGAAAGGCAAGCCAGUCAACCGUCUCCAGCUCUCUGGCGACAUGGAGGGCCGCACUUACAGCUUGUUCCAGCUGAAGGGUGGCAUGACGGACCUGGUCAUCGGCGGUGGCAAUGCUCGUGGCAACGACAGUGUAUACCGCAGUGAGCGGGGCACUGUCCAAGUUAACAACAACAGAAGAUCGCUUAUUGCUGGCCAAGGAAGACGUGACGCUGAAGAUGCAUCGGAGAGAAGCACGCGCAGCGCGCGUAGCAGGCGUGAUAGGGACGAGAUCCGCGAAAUUCGCGAUGAGCGAGCUCCAAUUCUACGACGCACCCGACCAACGACUACUUACCGAAACUGAACUCGGCAGCUCACUGCAUUCUCUCCUCUUCUGUGUCUGCGGCUGUUGGCUUUUUCAAACCUUUUUCUUUUGACUUCCAUUUGAGCGGGAUCUAUCACCAAAAGUUUGACGCGAGCAGUGUUGGCUUCCUGGCCAAACCCACUCGCAGAAAAGUUUGAUUUUGAUUCUCCCUCACGCUGGAUGUUCGGCUCGAUUUCCCAGUCUACAUUUACUACGCUUGUUUGUUUGCUGCGUUUUGCCUUGCGACAGUGCAGGUCACAUUGCUAUUGUUUGCUAGACACGGAACGCUCACGCAUACCAACAUUCGCACGCGUUGGGACCUUCAAAGCUUUGGCUUAGGACAAGAUCGUACCGCUUUUCUUCUUUCACCGCGAAGCGAUUGUGGAAUUCUCUUUCAACAAGCAUCUUCUAGCACUAUACCUGCUCUUGCGAGAGCUGCUUUCUUCUUUCGGCGGAUCUAAUACCCAUUUGGCUUGUUGGUCUUCUUUUUCUUUGAGUUGGUGGAACAAGCAAGUUAGCGUUGGGAGUGUUCAAUGACUCGAUAUGAUGCAAUGUGAUGACGCAGCGUUUUUAUUUCUUAUCUUCUUCUGUUGUGUUGAAGGAGGGCGAAACAGAAUAUAGUACUCAGUAGUCUCGAGGUCUCACCGCACCCAGUCUUGUGGUAGGUUAGUAGAGGCGACCACGAACAAUCAUAGUAACCUUUCUU